AUGGGAGUUUUGGAGAUGCAACAGUUUACUCCUUUCGACGAAGACACCACUCCAGUAGUUAGUCCGAAGCAGGUAAAUCAAGCCUCAGUGUAAUGCCAUCACAACCACUCCUACAGGUAAACUUUGGACGAAUUUACACGCGCACCUGUAGCUGAAACCCGUUUAAGUGCUUCUUUGCGUUGGAAGAGGCUUUGGCAGAUUUCGGUCAUGAAUGUCUUUUGAGAUGUACGCACUCAUUCGCAUUUGGUAGAUGUCUCGGUCGACCACAAUUAUGACCCACAAACCAAUAUGUGAUUGAGACGUCUCGCACGGCCUCUGUUUUGGUUUGUCUCCAUAUACGCGUCUUAUUCUAAAGACAGUAAUACGUAAAAUGACUGAAAAUGGACCUCGGACGCGGGACUUGACCUGACGCAAGCCUUCUGUUUACGCUUGGUGGCUUCUCUCUUCGCCCUGCGAAACACACAACUUCAGCGGGCGGAGAUGCAGUCCGGCCAACUUUCCUCUUAUUUCUCACGCCAGUUGUUGCGGUUGUCGAGCCUGGUCGCUCCGUUCAGCACAGCCUUAUUGAGUCACAGACGUGACCCGGCUUGACUAGGAUGAAGGAGCUGGCUACCAGAGCUAGACAUAUGGGGCGGCUGUUAGUCCAUACAUUGUCUGAGCACCCAAUAUGUCGUGAAUCAGCUUUUUCUUAUUGCGUCAAUGUCGGCCCAUUCGCAAAGUUUAUUCCUAACCUUUCGCUCAUUCUGUAACUGACAAUUUUAAUGUCGACCGGUGUGCAUAGCAGUUUCAUUUACUUUCUGGUAACUUGCUAUAUCUGCCGCAUUUCGCUCUCCAUCUGACUAGUUUCCAGUAUUCUGCAAAUAAUUGCGUGUACGACGUUGCAUAACCGGUUUCCCUCAGCAGGUUAGAAAGUCGAAUUCCUAGCCAAUAGGUCACGAGUUCGAAGCACUGUGUAGCAUACCUCGCGGUUGGGUGCGGAUGGCUGAUGACGGCCAACAAGCCAAAAACGGCCAUUCCCAUCUGUCAUGUCUUUGAUGGUAAUGCUAUUCUGUCUAUAUUAUGUGCCGUUGUGCUGCUCCUGGCGGGGCUCGAGAGAGAGACAGAGAGAGAGAGAACCCCAAGGCACAACGGGACGAGUGAGUUCCCUAACGCGAUCGGUGCGCGCACCUCGGCUAGGGUUAAUACAUCCUAUCUCGACCGACAGAGCAACGAGCUCGUGGCUCGAUGGUUAGGUCGUUGGAAUUCUAACCAACAAGUUGCAGGAUCGAGCCCCAGGGGUUGCCUUCCUCGGGGUUGGGUGCGGAUGGCUGAUGACGGUCAACAAGACAGAAACGACUGUUCCAACUACCCUUGUCUUUGUCCUUAAUGUUAUUCUCUUUGACCUUUGUUUAUUGCCUACAAGUAAGGCCGACAUUGGAAAAUCCAUCCCUCCGGCAAGUAAGCCCACUCCCCAUUAAGAUAAAUAUGACGCGUUUGAAUCUAUUAAGACGUGCUUUAAGUUUUGGCUUGGAAGGUUCCCAGCUGACGAGAUAAGUUUCUCUUCAUGGUGAGUAUUUUGGAGAACUGAGAGACAAGGUGACCUUUAUGGAAUUCUCAUGGAUAUGGACUCCAAGUCGCCCCUAAUGGUAGCCUGAUAAAUGUAGUGAUGACUGCAUCGUAUGCGGAACGCGCAAAUGGGCUGUUUAUCUUUAUCAACCACUGCGCCCACGCCUACCUCUGCCAUUGGAGCAGGGCGGGCGACGGAGGAGAGAGCGCGGUAGAUGCUGCGCAAGUCCACCUCAUUGUAAACUGCCUCACGACCAAGUCCCCGAUGCUACACCUACUUUAUGCGGCAUGCGACAGACGUCAUCGGUGGCAAGUUUGUAAAGUGUGUUUAACAAAUCGUUUUUACUGCUUCUGAUUAAGGUUGGAGCCCCUCCUGCCGGAUCUAGGGGUCCGCCCCGACCUCUUGUACUGGCUCUGGGUUCAGAAGCCAAUGGCCUGUCUCCGGAGGUCCUUAGCGCCUGCAACCUCGUUGUACGCAUCCCAGGUGUUGUGGACGAGGCCUUGGCGUGUGCCGACUUUGCCAGAUCCUCCACCUCUCCCCUCCCCACUUCACUCAACGUAGCGGUUGCGACAGGAACUCUCCUCUACACCCUGAAAAUUCUGCGCCGAUCUCCUCCUGACUCUGUAGCAGGUUGA